AUGACUGAAGCUGCCAGCGUUUACCCCUCAUUGGAGGACCGUCCCAUCAAGAACACGGUUGUUCUGUUCGAUGUUGACGAGACUCUCACCCCCGCGAGACGGCAUGCGUCGCCAGAGAUGCUCGAGUUGCUGUCUCGAUUGCGCCACAAGUGCGCCAUUGGAUUCGUUGGCGGCUCGAACCUUGUGAAGCAGCAGGAGCAGCUUGGAUCUUCCGCCAUCGAUGUUACCACUAUGUUCGACUUCUGCUUCUCUGAAAACGGUCUGACCGCAUUCCGCCUCGGCGAGUCGCUUGCUAGCAACAACUUCAUUCAGUGGCUUGGGGAGGACAAGUACCAAGCGCUGGUGGAUUUCGUUCUCAAGUAUAUUGCCAACACCAAGUUGCCCCGCAAGCGCGGUACUUUCGUUGAGUUCCGCAAUGGAAUGGUCAACAUUAGCCCCGUUGGACGUGCUGCUAGCGUUGAGGAGCGCGAUGAGUUCGAAGCUUAUGACAAGAUCCACAAUAUCAGAAAGAACCUGGUGGAGUCCUUGAAGAAGGAGUUCCCCGACUACGGUCUCACCUACUCAAUUGGCGGUCAGAUUUCCUUUGAUGUCUUCCCUACCGCCGAAAAGGGCAUCUCGGGUAUCGACUACAAGACUAUCCACUUCUUCGGCGACAAGACUUUCGUCGGAGGCAACGAUUACGAGAUCUACGAAGACCCCACACCAUUGGGCACUCCGUUGAUGGCCCCCAAGAUACCAUGGACCAGCUGA